CAGUCCCGCGAGCCGUGCGCGGUGCGGUGCCGCGCCGCGCCCUGCCAGACACAGGUGCGCCCGCCGCGCCCGCCUAGCCCGAGCCCGGCGGCGGCGGCUGCCCCCUCGCCGCGCCUCCGCCUCCUUCGCAGCCGCCGCCUCCUCCGCGCCGCGCUCCGCCCGGAUGGCCAGGGCUGUGCCGGAGAAUGGCGGAGCGAGAAAGCGGCGGCCUGGGCGGGGGGGCCGCGUCCCCGCCCGCCGCCUCCCCGUUCCUGGGGCUGCACAUCGCGUCGCCUCCCAAUUUCAGGCUCACCCACGACAUCAGCCUGGAGGAGUUUGAGGAUGAAGACCUCUCAGAGAUCACUGAUGAGUGUGGCAUCAGCUUACAGUGCAAAGACACCCUGUCCUUACGGCCCCCGCGCGCCGGGCUGCUCUCUGCGGGCGGCGGCGGCGCGGGGAGCCGGUUGCAGGCCGAGAUGCUGCAGAUGGACCUGAUCGACGCGACGGGGGACACUCCCGGGGCCGAGGACGACGAGGAGGACGACGAUGAGGAGCGCGCGGCCCGGCGGCCGGGAGCGGGGCCGCCCAAGGCCGAGUCCGGCCAGGAGCCGGCGUCCCGCGGCCAGGGCCAGAGCCAAGGCCAGAGCCAGGGCCCGGGCAGCGGGGACACGUACCGGCCCAAGCGACCCACCACGCUCAACCUCUUUCCGCAGGUGCCGCGGUCUCAGGACACACUGAAUAAUAAUUCUCUGGGCAAAAAGCACAGUUGGCAGGAUCGGGUGUCUCGAUCAUCCUCACCCCUGAAGACAGGGGAGCAGACACCACCGCAUGAACACAUCUGCCUGAGCGAUGAGCUGCCCCCCCAGAGCAGCCCUGCCCCCACCACAGAUCGAGGCACCUCCACCGACAGCCCUUGCCGCCGCAGCACAGCCACCCAGAUGGCACCUCCGGGUGGUCCCCCUGCUGCCCCGCCUGGGGGUCGGGGCCACUCGCAUCGAGACCGAAUCCACUACCAGGCCGAUGUGCGACUAGAGGCCACUGAGGAGAUCUACCUGACCCCAGUGCAGAGGCCCCCAGACCCUGCAGAGCCCACCUCUGCCUUCCUGCCACCCACUGAGAGCCGGAUGUCAGUCAGCUCCGAUCCAGACCCUGCCGCCUACCCCUCCACGGCAGGGCGGCCGCACCCCUCCAUCAGUGAAGAGGACGAGGGCUUCGACUGCCUGUCGUCCCCAGAGCGGGCUGAGCCCCCAGGCGGAGGGUGGCGGGGGAGCCUGGGGGAGCCGCCGCCACCUCCACGGGCCUCUCUGAGCUCGGACACCAGCGCCCUGUCCUACGACUCUGUCAAAUACACGCUGGUGGUAGAUGAGCAUGCGCAGCUGGAGCUGGUGAGCCUGCGGCCGUGCUUCGGAGACUACAGUGACGAGAGUGACUCUGCCACCGUCUAUGACAACUGUGCCUCCGUCUCCUCGCCCUAUGAGUCGGCCAUCGGAGAGGAAUAUGAGGAGGCCCCCCGGCCCCAGCCCCCUGCCUGCCUCUCCGAGGACUCCACGCCUGACGAACCCGACGUCCAUUUCUCCAAGAAGUUCCUGAACGUCUUCAUGAGUGGCCGCUCCCGCUCCUCCAGUGCCGAGUCCUUCGGGCUGUUCUCCUGCAUCAUCAACGGGGAGGAGCAGGAGCAGACCCACCGGGCCAUAUUCAGGUUUGUGCCUCGACACGAAGACGAACUUGAGCUGGAAGUGGAUGACCCUCUGCUAGUGGAGCUCCAAGCUGAAGACUACUGGUACGAGGCCUACAACAUGCGCACUGGUGCCCGGGGCGUCUUUCCUGCCUAUUACGCCAUCGAGGUCACCAAGGAGCCCGAGCACAUGGCAGCCCUGGCCAAAAACAGUGACUGGGUGGACCAGUUCCGGGUGAAGUUCCUGGGCUCAGUCCAGGUUCCCUAUCACAAGGGCAAUGACGUCCUCUGUGCCGCUAUGCAAAAGAUUGCCACCACCCGCCGGCUCACCGUGCACUUUAACCCGCCCUCCAGCUGCGUCCUGGAGAUCAGCGUGCGGGGUGUGAAGAUAGGCGUCAAGGCCGAUGACUCCCAGGAGGCCAAGGGGAAUAAAUGUAGCCACUUUUUCCAGUUAAAAAACAUCUCUUUCUGCGGAUAUCAUCCAAAGAACAACAAGUACUUUGGGUUCAUCACCAAGCACCCCGCCGACCACCGGUUUGCCUGCCACGUCUUUGUGUCUGAAGACUCCACCAAAGCCCUGGCAGAGUCCGUGGGGAGAGCAUUCCAGCAGUUCUACAAGCAGUUUGUGGAGUACACCUGCCCCACAGAAGAUAUCUACCUGGAGUAGCCGCACAGCCCCGCCCUCUGCGUCCCCCAGCCCUCAGGCCAGUGCCAGGACAGCUGGCUGCUGACAGGAUGUGGCACUGCUUGAGGAGGGGCACCUGCCAUCGCCAGGGGACAAGGAAGUGGGGGCCACUGGCCCAGGGUAGGGGAGGGUGGGGCAGUGGGGAGAGGCAAAUGCAGUUUAUUGUAAUAUAUGGGAUUAGAUUCAUCUAUGGAGGGCAGAGUGGGCUGCCUGGGGAUUGGGAGGGACAGGGCUUGGGGAGCAGGUCUCUGGCAGAGAAGGAUGUCCGUUCCAGGAGCACACGGCCCUGCCCCAUCCUGGGCCUUACCUCCCCUGCCAGGGCUCGGGCGGCUCUGGCUCCUGCCUUGAUGAAGCCCGUGUCCUGCCUUGAUGAAGCCUGUGCCACCUGCAAGUGCCCGCCCUGUCCCUGCCCCAACCCCCACCAAAGAGCCCUGAGCUCAGGCUGAGCCCAGCCACCUCCCAAGGACUUUCCAGUGAGAAAAUGGCAACACAUGGAGGUGAAGUCCCCGUUCUCAGCUCCGUCAUCUGCGGGGCUUCUGGGUGGCUCCUGCCACUGACCUCACUGGCAUGCUGGCCUGUGGCAGGCCUAGGACCUCAGGCGGGGAGGAGGAGCUGCCGCAAGGCCCUGUCCCAGCAGAAGAGGGAGGCUUCCUGACUGACACAGGCCAGCCCCAUCUUGGUCCUGUCACCCUGGCCCCAACUAUUAAAGUGCCAUUUCCUGUCUGGA